AUGAAGACAACCAGCGCUCUCAUGAUCAGGUCACUGAUCUCGAAAUUGCACCCACCAGCGCCUCCCACCGCCCGAGAGUCCAAACAGCUACUUCGCAUGCUGGAUGCGCGCUUCCAGAGCAGGCUCGACGCAGCCCAUCCGGCCCCGAACUCUAUCAAACAACAGGACCAGGACGACGGGCCAAGCAGUGGCCCUAGACCGGCAAGCACAUACGUGGAUAGCAUCCUUGCCCAUCCCCUCCUUGAGAGCGAAGCAGUGUCCGGAAACCAGACCUCGGCCUUGGACAGCACGCCUACAGCGGCGUCAGCAUUAGAGCGUCAUCUACGCAAUGGCACACUCACCAUGUCCAGUCUGCAAAAGUGUGCACUACAAUAUCUUACCGAGCGCAAACGUAACCAACCAGCAAAGACCAGAUUGGCACCCAAACUUGCCGCAUGGUUUGAUGCCGCAAGUCCGGCGACAAAGGACGAGUUCUUCCGAACUUGGGCAACGGAAGAUGCUGUCAUCGACGCCUUGUAUGCAGAUCACGCUCAUAACACUGUAUGGAGCUGGCUCCAGAUCUUGUACCAAAGAGCCUGGGCGUCAAGUGCAAGCGAAAAGCCAGCAUGGCUACGUGCUGAGGACCAUUUCAUAUCAAAAAUGAUGCACUGGUCGAUCAUCAAUAAGGAACCCAUAUCCGCCGCUCAGCAGUUCAUCGCUGCUACCAAACACCGCAUGUCAUCAGGUUCCCCAGCACCCACGUCAUUGUCAGGACCGUCUAUGCAAACCCACGAACCUCUACAGGAAUCUUGGGCCAGACUUACGUCAUACUUUUUGCAUACACGAGGCUCCCAUGGGCUACCGGCUGCCACAUUCGACUCGCUGCUGGACGUCGUACCCUCGCAAGGGCGCCACAGUUACCUCACAGGUGCUUUCUUCCGUACAUACCAUCCGCAAACGCCCAAUGCUACGACACUGUACAACAAACUGCGCAAAAGUGACAUGGCGCGCGGCUUUGCCACAUGGGUAUCGCUCAAACCACUGCGCAUCAAGCGAGCUAUCUCAGUUGUGGUCUUAGACGCUGCCGAGCUGUCCUUGUCACAAGGUCGAACAGCUGAAGCUACGUUCUUCCUCGAAUUCGCCCAGCAGAAUUUCCCAGAGUUUAUCUCCAGGGAUGAUCAUGAAGUUGCCCCUGUCGUUCGACUCGAGCGUGCUCGCGCAGAGCUCGGCUCAACUGCCAUAAACUGGGGAUGGAAACUGCCCAGAGCACUGCAUGCACCUGUUACAUCCUUUGGCUGA